AUGAGUUUGCGUCAUAGUCACUCUGCAAAGUCUCCUCCGCAUACGCCUCAGCAUCAACUACGCAGCAGCAAUACCUCCUUUGCGAGUACGUCGUCUGCCAGCUCCGCAUUCCGUGCCGAAGAAGAUGCUAUUAUUUUCGAAUUAGGAACGCGGUGGCUCCGGGCUGGAUUUGAAGGGGAGAGUACGCCCUUGUGUAUGGUAGGAUUUGGUCCCGAGGAUUCGCGGAGGGUUGGAGACUACAGAGGGUGGCUGAAAGGCAGCGCUGGGCCGGACGGUUCACCGUCAUUGCCAGCUCAGGCAGAAAGCUGGACGGGCGCAUAUGAGUUGUGGGGGAUGGACCUGCGCGAUAUCGACCUGGGACUUGUUGAGGAUAAAAUUGAGCGAGCGUUUCGAGAAACGUAUAACAAGUACUUGUUGACAGAUGCUGGUACAUCACGGCUCGUUCUCGUCGUACCGUCUCUCUUACCACACCCGUUACUGUCCUCCAUACUAUCGACGUUGUUUAGCCGAUGGCGGUUCCCAAGCAUCUCGUUGCUGAACAGCGCUGCAAUGGCUACGAUUGCAGCUGGUCUGCGUUCAGCUUUGGUGGUUGACUUGGGAUGGGCGGAGACUACUGUUUCUGGGAUCUAUGAAUAUCGAGAGGUUGCAAUUAAAAGGAGCACCAGGGCCAUGAAACCUUUGCUACAUGAAGUAGGUCGAAUGCUUACGCGUGUUGCCUCUGGAAGCGGCGGGGAGACGCACGCUAGCGAUGAGAUCUCAGUGGAAUUUGAGUUCUGUGAAGAGCUUGCCAGCCGAUUUGUGUGGUGCAAGCCUUUGGGUCACCAGUCUCACGAGGCCUCUGAAGAACCUUAUGAGCAACCGAUGGCUUCAAUUAUGCAGAAGACAGUGUCAAUCCCUUCUCCCUCAAAUCCCGGUUCUUCCUAUGUUGAACUUCCUUAUAUUAGACUCGCAGAGCCCGUGGAAAGGGCUCUUUUCGCCGACGGUGUAGCCGACUGCGACUUGGACGAUGAAGAAAAACCUAUCCCUUUAUUGGUGUAUAACGCACUGUGCAGUCUACCACCAGAUGCCCGCGGAAUAUGCAUGUCGCGAAUUGUAUUCAUUGGCGGUGGAGCCAAAAUCCCAGGUAUCCGCCGGCGAAUUCUUGACGAGGUAGCCCGCCUUGUUGAAAAAUAUGGCUGGAGUCCUGUCCGCGGCAAGGUCAUUGAACAACAGAGACAAAAGCUGCACGCACUGAAGCUCUCCCCCCGGCCGAUAUCUACCGAAACUACGGAAAAAAACGCAACCGAACUCCCAAGUCCCGCCCCCGAACAAACCGACGAAGAAAAUGAAGAUGAAGCGGAGAUCGAUCCCAUCGAACAGAAACUCCUUCGCAACAAAGAUAAGGAUAGCAAACCUCCUGUCCAAGGUGUCCUCCGCGAAGUCGAGUCUCUCGGGCCCUGGGCCGGAGCCAGUCUUCUUACUAGCCUCAAGAUUCGUGGUCUCGUUGAGAUCGAACGAGAGAAGUACCUGCAACAUGGACUUGCAGGUGCCAGCCGGGAUUUAGAAACGCAUGGCCACAUUCCUGAUCGACGGUCAGGCCUUCGAGCUGGCGGAGAUAGAUCUAGCUGGACUUUAGCCGGCUGGGGGUGA